AUGAAUAAUGACAUUGAGUUAUCUGGGAUUUUUUCUUUACCUGAGAUUGACCGACUGAUAGGAGAGAAGGUCAUUUUUUCAUCAGUUCUUCAAAAUAGUGUUACAAACGAAAAUGAUCAAGAGUUGAAAGUAUUUAGUUACCCAAAUCAAAAUCUAUAUGGGUCUAUCUUAGAGAUAGAAUCAAUUCUGAAUAAAGUGUUUAACAAUGAUAAUUUUUCUAUGAUGGAUUCGUCUAUCUCAGAGAAUAAUGAAGGUAAUUUAAGCACUGAACUUCACCAAAAUGAAGGUUUAAAAAGUCAUUGUCUCUUGGAAGACGAUUCUAUUAGAGAGAACCAAAGCAUUUACAAUUGUGAAAAAAAGUUCCCAGAGACCCAAGCUGAAGAGACCUACGAUAAUUUAAAUGAGAACUCUGAAACAAAAGGUAUUGAUAAAAUCAAUGAAAUGGAACUUUUUAUGGAUGCUAACGGAAACUCAGCCGAAUCUGAGUUGGAAUCCAUGGAUGAUUAUACAACCUUUGAUUAUGGGUUUGAUGGAAGUGGAAUUAUUUCUUCGGUCGAGGACUGGGAAAGCGACGAUAAUUCAAUAAUUUUUAGAUAUAAUGAUAUGGUUUGGCCAGAAGAACCUUUAUUAGAGGACGAAGAGGUGGAAGUAAACGAGACAGCAAAAGACCCAAAUGAUGAGGAGCACCUGGAAAAGCAUAUGGACGAAGCUAAGUUUGAAGGUGAGAGUGAGGCUAAAGGAGGGGAUGAAGAAUGCAAUAAUGAAUGUGAGGAUAAUGAUCAAAUCUCACUUGCUGAAAAUAAUUUAAUUAAAGAAUCAGAAUUUGUUAGCAAAGAAAUUGAAAUUGGUAAAAUUGAAUCUAUAACUAUAAAUGAUGAAGCGGAUAAUGAUGAAAGAGAUAUUAUAUAUGUGAAAAGAAGGCCAGGGUCUGAAAGCAGCUACAAUAUUGAAGGAGGAAUGAUGCAUGUACCUUCAGUUGAGCAAGAGAUAGUACUGGAAAGAGUUACAGAAGAGAGCGUUGAGGCCUCUUCAUCUUCAACGAAAUUCAGGAAGUGGCUUUCAAAUAGCUCAGGAAAUUCCAAGCUUCACUCAUAUUUAGCGGUUUUUAGAGGAGAAAACUUUAAGGAAAGUUCUGCUACAUCAGGUUCAAGCACAUUUAGAAACAUUUUUAAGGGUGGAGGAGUUUUCAGAAGAGGUGGUUAUCUUCCAAGCUCUUCUUUUAAUUCAAAUUUGGUUACAAGUUUGGGAAAUAUCAUUAAUCAGGCGGAAAAGACCCACUGUAAAACUUUCAAAGGCGAGAAUUCGGAUAUAUCUCAAGCUACUAUCUCAAAUGGAGCUCAGGAAGCCAGAAGAAGUUUGAGGCAACGCACUCUUCCUAUGAAAAUAUCCACAAAGUACCAGAUUAACAAUAAGACAAGAAAAGCUCGGGAAAAUGAUGUUGGGUCGAUAUGGUUAAUAAGGGAAAUAUAUUUAUCUCUAACACCUCAAAUUCUAAAAUUAUCAAUGAGUAUGGAUGGAGAGUGGUUGAUUUUGGGAAGCCAAGACGGCAUUAUUCGGCAAUGGAAGUUUAAAGAAGAGGAUUUAAGGAAUUAUAGCAUGUUAUUGUCAUCAGCCUCACAAAUAGAACCAUUUUUUAAUGAAACUGAAGAUUUGAAUGUGCAAGCUCAUUCAAAUGCAAUCAUAUCUUUGCACUGGGAAAAUGAUGAAAGAAGCCACAGGUUUCUUUCGAGUAGUAUGGACAGAACAGUAAAGCUAUGGGAAGCAGGUUUUGCUGAACCAAAUGCAGUUAUAAGUUGCUCAGAUUGGCCAACCUCUGUUUCUUUCCAUCCUAUCCAAAAAAACAUUAUAUUUAUUGGUUCACUUGACGCCUCUGUUCAGAUUUUGAGGCUUAUUCCGAGUGAGGAUUCCUCUAAUAAAUUUCUUACCAAAAUUGUUGAAACUAUUAGAGUGCAAGAUUUACUCACGUCUUUAUCUAUUUCACCAAAUGGCAAAUACCUGGCCUGUGGAUUUAGGGAUGGCGGAGUUGCAUUUUAUGACGCCAGAACACUUAAAUAUAGAUGUGAUGUAGAUUGUAGAAACAGAAGAGGAAAGUCUUCAAAAGGCAGAAAGGUUAGCGGCAUUUCUUGGAAAAGAGAUAAUAAAAGUGUCUUGGUAACAACUAAUGACAGCAGGGUAAGGCUAUUUAAUUUGAGUGAUCUGUCAACAUUUGUCAAAUUUAAGGGACACAUAAAUGAAGAAACUCUUCUUUCUGCUCAAAUUUCUAAUGAUGAAAAAUUCAUUGUUUCUGGUUCAGAGAAUGGGUACAUUUGCCUGUGGGAUCUUCAACAGGAUUUUGGAAGAUCAAUUUUUGGAAUUCAUCACAAUAAAAGUAAUCCAAACGGCUCCAAUCUUCACUCUUCCGCCAUUAACAACCAAAUAUCUUUAAGGUAUGACAGGAUAAACAUUAGAAGAGGUCCCACACAACAUUGUGUAGACUCCUUCAAAGCAUUUGAUUCCUCUCUAACCUCUGCAAUACUUGCUCCUCCUUCUUUCUCCAAAAAGAUCAUUAAAUUCUUUAAAAUGAACCAUAAAAAUUCACUAAACUACCCUUCAUUCGGAACCUAUAUAAAUGAGAAGAAUGCUCAAAUAUUUAUUGCUGUAAACAGAAAUGGACAAAUCCGAUUUUUCAUGAAUAUUCCUAAUUAG